UUUUGUUAUAUUUUUAUAUAUUAUUUUUUUUAAAACAAAAAUACUCAGGUAUUCUUAAGGUAUAGGAAUUCUUAUUCAUAUUCCAUAGAUAUAUUUAUGCAAAAAUGAAUGUUUUUUAACAAAAUUCCAUAAAAAUCACAUAAUUUUCAUUACAUUUCUCAAUGCGUUAUCAAUGUUUCAAUUUUUAUUCCAAAAAUAUUACAUACUCAGGAUGGAAAAAUUUUGUAUUUAAACUUCGAUUCCCUAUGACGCGCCUGUUAAAUUAUAACAAUAUGGAGAUCGAUUAACCCCCCCCCCCCUAAUAAAGACCAAAAUACAAAUAAAAAAAAAGAUUAUUAAUGAAAUGAAUGAAACAAUGGACUCUCAUAAAAACGUAGACUCCGAAUUCUCUAGUUCGCCGAUAGCCAAAAAUGAAAAAGAUUUAGAAGCGGGGACCGAAAAUAAGAAUGACUUCAAUUAUAGGAUUAUUAACGAAAUGAAUGAUACAACAGACCCUCAUAAAAACAUAGCCUCUGAAUUCUCUAGUUUCCCGAUUACCAAAAAGAAAAAUCAUUUAGAAACGAAUGACCUCAAAAAUAUAAAUUGUAUUAUUAUUAACGAAAUGAAUGUUACAACCAACACUCAUAAAAAUAUAGACUCUGAUUCUAGAUCGCCGAUAGCCAAAAAGGAAAAUCAUUUGGAAACGGAGACCGUAAAUAGGGAUGACUUCAAAAACACGGGAAAUAGUUUAAUGCUACACACUGAAGCAACAACUACUAUAGAAAAUCUACCCUCUAUCAACCACAAUAACAACAUAAGGAGUAGGCGGAGAAAGAGCGACAUAACGCGCAAGUUUUUAUGCCCGAAAGAAGCUCCACCCUUCAAUGCCAAAGAGAGGGAAAACGAAGCUUUAUUAACUGAACCUAAGGAAGGAGUUAAUGGGGCGGAGGAAGAAAAUGAACAAUACUAUAUAUCACCGCCAUUAACGGAUUAUACCCAUGCUUUUCGCGAUGAACGGAAUAAACACGAGGAGGACAAAGAUGUAGAAAGUGAAUAUGAUAAUAAUGGGGAAUCAUACAGUCAUAGUGGGUGCGAAAGCUUGGAAGAGUUAAAUUAUGAAGAAUUUAACGACAACACUCAAGACUUUGGAAGUGACGAAAAAGUAAUGCACGAUAAAACAAACAUUUCUUCUUUCCUUUCUCCUUAUAGUUUCGCCGCCCAGGGUGAAGACUUCAAGAAUGGGUCUGUUAAUUCCAAUGGGUUCAACAAUCAGAAUUUAACAGCCUCUCACAAGCGAGGCUACUACAAGGCUUACACUAGGGAGCAACUUAUGAAGGCUCUGGAAGCCGUUCAAACUGCUAAAAUGAGUGGCGAACAAGCGGCAAAAUUUUUCAAGGUGCCUAGAAGUACUCUUCACCAUCAUUUGAGACCCAUGCAAUAUUGGUGCGUCUACUGCCAAACGGAUUUGAGAUACAAAAUAGAAUGGAAAGAGCACAUGACAACCCACAAGAAAAAAAUUGGGGGAGCGAGUUUGGGCAAUAAUAACAAUCAUCAAAUCAAAAAUGAAAUUCAAAGUAGCCACAGCGAUGAAUCCCCUGCGGCAGAGCUCAAUGGUAUUAUAGCAGUGAACGACCAGAAUACUACAUCCAAAUUGACCAUCACCGAUAAUUUUGAGAACUACAAUCCUGACCAACUGGAAUUACCAAAGAACGCUCCCUCUACCAAGCCUUUUCCGUAUCAUUCAACUUCCAAUAGCCUCCCAAAACUCAAAUUUAAUAGUGAUGACGAAGGAGAUAAUUGUGUAGCAAGAAAGAGCCCGAUGACCAAAGAUAAUGUAACUAUAACAUAUCCAAUAUCACAACCAAACAAGUAUCCUAAUAGUUCGCCUUCGCCCGUGUCCUGCGCUACAAAUUCUACCCUGUCUUACUACGGUAAUUAUAACGGGAUUCAAAGCACAAAUAAUACCAAAUCAAAACAAGUUAUAUUUAGUGAUAUUCAAAAUAACCAUUGUGAUACCACGAAUAAAGAUAGGUUUGAAAAGUAUUAUGGCUCCCUCAUGAGGACAGAUAAAAGCAAUUAUCAUGCCCGUUAUUUGGUCGAUGGAGAAUCUUCUCUAGUCGAUCAGAUAUAUUAUGGGACAACUUUAGUAAAGACGGAACCAAUUGAUCGUCUUACAACAUCAAAAAAUCACUCAGAUAAUUACGAACCAAGGACCGACACUCUGCGAAAUUACUUGAUGAAAGGGAAAUCCAAUGAAGAAACUUCAGCGACGGGCAUCUCUUUGAGAAAAAAUGACAAGAGCAUUCUUACUCAAGGCUUUGAUAAAAAGUUCGAAAAAAUAACAUUAUCUAGCGAACAACCAUUGAGUCUAAGGAAGAUUAGGAACGCACUCAACAAUGAUAAUCACAAGCCAACGGAACACGUUUCUCCAGACUUUGUGUGUGCCUUGUGCGGUCUCGCUUUGGGUGAUAAAAACGUGUUUUUAAACCAUUUAUUCGUGCACAAUCAAAUUUUUUUGGCCUCCCAUGUAAACUCAUUGGAAGGAGACAAUAGCAGCGGGUAUUCUAUGGUUGGAGGUUCUUUAUCUUCUAGCGACAUGGUAAAAAACAUUCAAAAAAUGGGCUGUGAUAUCGUCACCAAGAUGAAUAUGCUUUAUGAUGGGAUAGACGAUAAAUUUUGGGGAAACCUUUUGGAUCACGAAUCAUCUACGGAUAAUGCGGCCUCCCGUUUUAACAAAGAACCUUUCCCCGUACCAGUCGAAUCGGCCCAAAGAUUAGCAUGCGAUCAAUGGAAAUACAAAAAGAAGUUGGCUCUGAAUAAUUUUAACGAUAAAAAUAGUAAUAUGGCCUCUGACAACGAACUAACCAAUAACUUUAAUAUCCUCAAUAAAAAUAUGAUCGAAAAUGAGGUCGUUAUGGCCGCAUUAUUUUCAGUGGCCUACAAAUACACUGAUAUUAAAGGUGCUUCAAAAUAUUUUAAAAUCCCGGAAGAUAAACUUCAGGAAUUUUACCAAACAUUUAGCAUGGGCAAUAUGACCAAAUACGGUAUAGGAGGAGAACUUGCACCUAAUAAUCAGUUCAAUUAUCUUGGUUUCGAUAAAAAUGUUUUUUCGCCCAAACAACCUUCCUACGUUUGUGAUAAAUCUUUAGGGUAUUAUGAUAAACCGAACAAUCCCGAACUGCAAAAUUCUCAUCCAGAAGAUCGGAUCAUUAAUAGCAAUUUUAUAAAUAAAGUCGGUAAUCUAAGCAACAAAGAAUCAAACGAAACUUUGGACUCAGCCCAUAUGAAAUUUGUGAAUUCACACUCUUAUAGAAACGAUAUAACAAAGAAACAGUCUAAAUACACAAAAUCUCAAUUACAAAACAUUACAACGGGAAGCAACGGCUAUUCAAUGAUGGGUGGUUCUUCAACUUCUAGUGACACGGUAAAAAACAUUCAGAAAAUAGGGUGCGACAUUGUUACCAAGAUGAAUACACUCUAUGAUGGGAUAGACAAUAAAUUUUGGGGAAACCUUUUACAGCGUGAAUCGUCUACAAAUGAUGUGGCUUACAACUUCGAUAAGGAUGUUUCCCCUCCGUUACCAGUCGAAUCAGCUGAAAGAUUAUAUGAUCAAUGGGUCAACAAUAAGAAGUUGGCCCUAAAUAAUUUUAACGAUAAAAAUAGUAGUAAUAUGGCCUCGAACAACGAACUAACAAAUAACCUUAAGCUCAAUAAUAAUAAUAUGAUCGAGAAUGAGGUUGUUAUGGCCGCGCUAUUUUCCGUGGCCUAUAAAUACAUUGAUAUAAAAGGUGCUUCCAAAUAUUUCAAAAUUCCCGAAGAUAAACUUCAGAAAUAUUACCAAACCUUUUGCAUGGGUAAUAUGACGGAAUUCGAUAUAGAAGAGCAUGCUCCUAAUAAUCUGCUCAAUAAUCUAGGUUUCGAUAAAACUAUUUGCUCAUUCAAACAACCACCCUACAUAUACAACAAAUCUUUAAAUUACUUAGAAAAAACGGACAACUCCGAGCUGGAUUCUAUUCCAAAAGAUACUAACAAUAAUUUUGUUAAUAAAGCAGGCAAUAAAAGUUCAAGCGUUAUUCCUAGCUUAGCCCAUAAGAGAUUUAUGAAUUCUCACUCUUCUAAAAAGGAUAUGGCCAAGAAACAAUCAUCCAAAUACACAAAAUCUCAAUUAAAAAGCGCCAUUUCAACAGUCAUUCACGGCCAAAAAACGGUUGUACAGGCCUCAAAAAUAUAUGGUAUCCCAUACAGGACACUUUAUGACUAUAUAAGAAAUUACAAGAGCACUCCGGACAUAUUUAACGAUGACUUCGAAGAGGAUUUUAAUAUUAAAAAUGAGGAGGAUAAAGUGGUAAAAUAUAUUAAUUCUGACAUUCAUUCCAACGAAAAUACCGAUCGUUUUUAUGACCAUAAAGGAGCCCCUACCGAUAAUAACCAGCUUUCCGAAAAUAUAAAGCAUAACAACGUUGAUAAAAAUAAUGACGUAGAAGAAAAAUUACCUAUGUUGAACAAGAACGAGCAAUUUGUUUCGAGUUCUUCUAAAGGUGAAGAGCCAGAUUUCAUGACGCCGGAAGACGUGAUUAACAAUAACUGCGUAUCUCCCAACAAGAGAAAAGCUAAAUGGCCUUCUAAAUUGCCUUCGACUACUAUCAUCAAAAUGGAGGCUACUGAAGAACCUGAUCAAAAAGUUACGCAUCUCCCCUCAAGCGAAAAUACGACUACUAGGAACGCCGAUAAUGUAAAAUCGAUUUCCACCGUCAAUGCCAAUAUCCACAAGGAGAUGGAUGGUGAUGGAAUCGAUGCCGAAAGCCAUGAUUUGAACCAAGAUGUUGCCAUAGGUAAUGACCAGAGUUUAAACGGCGAGAUUUGCAACAAAGUACUGUUCAAAAAGAAAAAAUUUCCAUGCCGCUCUUACCUGUACAAAAAUAUAUCUAAAAGAGUUAAAAUCAAUCAUGAUACCAAAAGAACUGAUUGAUACACCAUUAUUAAUUUAAACUAUUUUCUACAUUUUGUUGUAGAUAGCCUUGAUUUAAAUUUACCUUUUUGGUUUUUUAAUCACAUAAAAAAAACAAUGCAUUUAUUAUGAUAUAAAAUACUUAUAUAAAAUUUUUAAAAACUCAUUUUUUUUUCCUUAGUAUUAAUUUUCCUUACAAUUAAAAGACAUUUAAAUCAUUGAAUUUUUUUUUCUUUUGUAUAUUUUCUUCGAAAGUAAAUAAACCUUUCAAAUGUGAUAAGGGAAAAAUGAUUUUAACAGAUUUUUUUAACCAAUUUAACAAAAACCAAAUAUAUUUUGCAAUUUGAAAAAAAAUUAUUUAUAAUAUUGUAUUUGCAUAAAUUUUUAUAACGACAUUUAUAUUAUAAUACAUAAAUUAAUAGUAUAGAAUAUCAGGGAUACAUU